AUGUCCGAGUCCGAACCCAGCAAUGACUCGGCGCGCACAGCGCAUCAUCCCCAUGUUCCCCACAUGGCCCAUGGCCUACCCAGCAACGGGGUCAACGGGGUCAACGGGGUCAACGAUGAGAAGAACGUUGAACAGGUGUCCGAUGAUCACCCGCCUCCCGACGACGUCGGGAAGGAUGCCCGCUCUGACGGCGCAGACGGCGCAGAUGGCGCACAUUCCGCGGAUGAAAAGGAUUCGUCACAGCCGCACCGUAGCAGCACUUUGAAGGACAAGUUCAAGGAUCGGAAACAAAAGAUCAAAACCAAGGCUAAGGCCAAGCCCUCGGGGGGCUAUGAUUCGACACCCAUUCCCGAUGCGCCACCCGGAUACACUGUCAAGUUCACCUUUCACCGCGCCGAGAACUUGCCCGUCGCCGACUUCGGCAAGGGGGCCUCGGAUCCUUUUCUCACUGCCACUCUCGCAACCUCCAUGCCAAAGCGUCACAAAGAAGAUCCGGACCUCGUCUACCGGACGCGUACCAUCAAGAGAUCCUUGGAACCCCACUGGGAGGAGGAAUGGCUUGUUGCCAACGUUCCAUCAUCCGGGUUCAGGAUCAAGUGUCGUCUCUACGACGAGGAUUCGCCUGAUUCCGAUGACAGGCUAGGAAAUGUGACUGUCCUCGUCCACCAAGUCUCCGAGGACUGGGAGGGCUUUGCCCCUCCUCACAAUGAAUUCGAGGUCAAGAAACGCGUGGGGAGUAAGCGCGCAUACUUGCUCAAGGCAUGCACCAGUGCCUGGAGUCGAGAUGUUUCAAUGACUCCACGGUUAUACAUGAGUGCCCAGGUCGUCGGGAAAUCCGACCCGCCUCACGGGCAAAUGUAUACCGUUGGCCCUUCUUAUUACUUUAAACACUACUCUCCAAUGAUUGGUCGUAUGACCGGCGUGCGAGUCAACCGAGAAGAGGCAGAGGACUCCAAUGAACAUCAAUCUAGGCCUUCCUCCAAUAACCAUGACUCGCAGGCGAAUAACAGGACCCAGAAGUACGACUUUCAAGCCAACGAGAUCCAACUGUGUGGUCCGGUGCCACCCAAGCUCUACCAUAGAUAUGUUGAGUUCAAACCUAUCAUCGGUCUCCUUUUCAGGGAUGCUGGCUUCCGUGGCCGUCUCCUGAACAAGGCUCUGCACCACCAACACCGCCGAGUGUACAACUUUGAUAGUUCGACUGAAUGGGGCACCGUCAAGCCAUGCUCCGAAGAGGCGAGUAUCCAUUUCUUGAAGAUGGCGCACUUUGAUGAAGGCGGACGUAUUUUCACCUAUGUGAUCACGCUGGAUGGCCUCAUGCGGUUUACAGAGACCGGCAAGGAAUUUGGGAUCGACCUGCUCAGCAAACACACUAUGCACAGCGAUGCCAACAUCUACGUUGCCUGCGCAGGCGAAUUUUUCAUCCGGAGGCUCAAGAAGCCCGAGGCUUCUGGGGAUCCUGAACCGGAUCUACCCACCCAUCCUGAUCAACCGAUCGAGGGAGGGCCGCCCAAGGAACCCCCGCCCACGAAGCCGGAAUACUAUCAACUGAUCAUCGACAAUGACAGUGGUACCUAUCGCCCCGACAAAUCUGUGCUGCCCGAUUUGCGUGCGCUACUAGAGCGCAACUUUCCUGGUCUGGGCGUCGUAACACUAGCCUGUGAUGACCCGGAAGAUGAAAAACUCAAGGCAGCCCAGCAGAAGGCGAAGAAGAAGGAGGGCCGUACCGUUCACAUGGUCGCGAACCGCAGCCCCAGUGCCAGCUCCUUCAGUUCGGACGACGUCAGCGAUCUCGAGGAUAUGGAACAAGGUGGCGAUGCCGGCCGGCAGAGUAAGCGAGAGCGCUUAGUGGACCUUCUUGAGGAACCACGACGCAUCAGAGAGAGGAGGAAGUCUGCGGUUGGGAGUAACCCGUCGAAUGGACCGAAUGGGAGCAGUCCGGCCGACCCAUAA